UUUAGCCAUAAUGUGGUCCGUGGAGGAGUGUGGGUUCCGCCCGCACGUCACAUGACGAUAAGUGGCCCGCGCUGGGGACUCCCGAGUCUGUUCCCGUGGCAUGUUUCCGCCGUUCAAGUUCCUCCUCCGCACUCCGUAUCAAAGCAAACACGUGUUUGGUCCUUCGAUAUAACGUGUUGCGAGGCGCGCUCCAAGCAUGUUCUCGCCGUUCCAUGCAAAGGCAACUAGGAGAAAACCACAGUAUUAGACCCUUCUGUUGAUCUCCUUUAGACCCUUCUGUUGAUCUCCUCGGGAGAAAUUCCGCCAUCAUGGGCGGUAAACGGUCUCAGCAGCAGGAGAUGGCCCAGGUCGAUAGCUCAGAGCGACCUUCAUCGCCCUUCUGGCGAUCCCGGUCUUCAAGCUCUCAGCACGUGUCCGGGAAGUCGAACAAAGUGGUCGGGGCUUCCUAUUCGCAUGCUGACAUGCUGAAAUUCGACUCACUAUCCCUUGGACCCGGCUCGAGACCCAGGACUCCUCCAACCUCGUCCACCCGGGCAUCACAGACCCCUCCUGCCAGACUUCCUUCUCCAGAAAAGAGGCUAUAUUCCGGUUAUACGUCCUCUGCCCUUGGGGAGAGUUGGGAUGUACUUCGGGGCGAAGAGGACGUUGACGAAGGCGAUGAUGAUUUGAUGUACGAGGAGGAUGAAGACGAAUUCGGCCUCCCCAGUAUUGCAAGUAUGCGACGGAAACGGAGCAUAAAAAACAGAACACUCAAAUCUCACCCAGUCACAUAUCCCAGGCUCUCUCAGACAUCAUCCGCUCCCAGCCUUGCGCCGCCCGCCUCCCUUAGUCGGGACAGGUCUAGCAGUUUUGAUAUCGCCGAAGAACGGAACCCGCUGUCAUAUCCGAGCGCAAAGAAGGGGGACGGGAAGAUCUUAAGACCUCAAUACAAGGAGAUCCUGAAAGAUCCAGCUAAUUCGCUCCACCUCAUCGACCAUCCCAUCCUGCCACCAAAUGCGUCGCCAAAGGAAGUCGAAGCCCACAAUACACGAAUAUCUCGAAUCAAUAAAUUCAAGCGGAUCUUGCAAGCAACCUCUGUGUCACUGCCUGACCUACGCGCCGCAGCAUGGUCUGGGGUGCCGGAGGAGGUACGAGCCAUCACCUGGCAACUCCUGCUAGGGCACCUUCCCACCAACAGCGAGCGCCGAGUUGCGACGCUUGAACGGAAGCGCAAGGAGUAUCUGGAUGCUGUCCGUCAAGCAUUCAGUUCUGGGACGAUGGCCAACCGCAACGGAACCAGCGCGGGUGUAGCCGGGCUGGCAUCGCAGCCGCCCGUCAGUUCAGGGCGGGGCCGGGGCUUGGACGAGGCAGUGUGGCAUCAAAUCAGCAUCGAUGUGCCUCGAACAAACCCUCAUAUUCCUUUAUACGCGUACGAAGCUACACAGCGGUCUCUGGAACGUAUCCUGUAUGUCUGGGCGAUCCGACACCCAGCGAGCGGCUACGUCCAGGGAAUCAAUGAUCUUGCCACGCCCUUCUGGCAAGUCUUUCUGGGAACAUAUAUCACAGAUCUGAACAUCGAAAGUGGCAUGGAUCCUGGACAGCUCCCCAGAGCGGUGCUCGAUGCGGUCGAAGCGGACACAUUCUGGUGUCUAACUAAACUCCUGGACGGCAUUCAAGACAACUAUAUCGUGGCUCAGCCGGGUAUCCAUCGACAAGUUGCCGCGCUGCGAGACCUCACCACUCGAAUCGAUGCCGGGCUUGCGAAACAUUUUGAAAACGAGCACGUGGAAUAUAUGCAGUUUAGCUUUCGGUGGAUGAAUUGUCUGUUGAUGCGGGAAUUGAGCAUUAAAAACGUGAUACGAAUUUGGGACACUUAUAUGGCAGAGGAGAAUGGAUUCUCCCAGUUCCACCUGUACGUGUGUGCGGCAUUUCUGGUCAAAUGGUCGGAGCAGUUGAUGAAGAUGAAUUUCCAAGAGAUCUUGAUGUUUCUGCAAGCGCUGCCUACAAGAGACUGGACGGAGAAGGAUAUUGAACUCCUCCUGAGUGAAGCUUUCAUCUGGCAGAGCUUGUUUCGAGGCUCCCGGGCCCAUUUGCGGACUUUGAAUAGUACCAUCCCUACAGGCUCGCUUGGCCCAUCGGGUUGAUAAGGAAUAACUAAAUCGUAAUAAAGCAUGUGCACCA